ACAGCACCUAUGGAUAAUUGACGUCACAUCAAGUCAUGUAAAUAAGAAAAAUAACAGAAAAUAAAAAGAUUCGUCUGGACUUUGAACCCCUCUACUGUCUAUUAAAACUCUGCUCACCAAAGCUGCUGUUUAGUGACACGUUCGUUGCGAAUUAAACAUCAUGUCUGUUGCGACCAAAGGAAUUUUCAUCGUAGCUGCAAAGCGGACCCCAUUUGGAAAAAUGGGUGGUCUGUUUGUCAAUCAAAGUGCAACGGAUCUUUCAGUAGUAGCAGCAAAUUCUGCUAUUCAAAGUAUAGGAUUAAAUCCUGAAAAAAUAGACAGUGUUGUAUUUGGGCAUAUAAUGAAUGCUUCAUCCAGUGAUGGAGCACUGUUACCUCGUCAUGUUCUUCUGAAAACAGGCAUACCUGUAGAUAAACAAGCCUAUGCUGUUAAUCGCUUGUGUGGAUCGGGCUUUCAGUCAAUUGUUAACGGAGCACAGAGCAUAUCUAUCGGAGAAUCUAAUAUUGUUCUUACUGGCGGGGCUGAGAAUAUGAGCCAGGCACCGUUCAUUGUUCGAAAUGUUCGAUUUGGGACAAUAUUAGGACAGAAAUAUGAUUUUGAAGAUUCUUUGUGGGUGGGAUUAAGCGACUCUUACUGCAAAUUGUCUAUGGGUGCAACAGCUGAAAAGUUGGGUGCAAAAUAUGGAUUGAAAAGAGAAGAAGUUGACCAGUUUGCUUUGAGAAGUCAACAACUUUGGAAAGCAGCUCAUGAUGCUGGUCGCUUCAAGGCUGAAUUGGCGCCUGUAACUAUUCCAAAAGGGAAAAAAGAAAUUGUUGUUGACACUGACGAACAUCCACGUCCACAAACGAAGAUCGAGGAUCUUACAAAGCUCAAGUCCAUUUUCCAAAAAGAUGGACUAGUGACGGCUGGUACCUCGUCUGGUAUCUGUGACGGAGCAUCAGCUGUUAUUCUUGCCAGCGAGGAAGCUGUCAAAGCUGAAGGUUUGACACCUUUGGCACGUUUAGUUGGAUACAGUAUUGUUGGAGUCGAUCCCAGUAUCAUGGGCAUUGGUCCAGCGCCAGCCAUCAAGAAUUUGCUCAAAGUGACUGGAAAGACGUUAAACGAUGUCGAACUUGUUGAAAUCAAUGAAGCAUUUGGAGCACAAACUGUAGCUUGCAUAAAAGAUCUUGAUUUGGAUAUUAACAAAGUGAACGUCGAUGGUGGAGCCAUUGCUCUUGGACAUCCACUGGGAGCCUCCGGAAGCAGAAUUACUGCACACUUAGUAUAUGAACUCAAGAGAAGGAAGGCCAAACUGGGAAUUGGAUCUGCUUGUAUUGGAGGUGGACAAGGAAUUGCCUUACUCAUUGAAGCGCUAUAGAAAUUAGAUGAAUUGAAGUAAAAAAAUAUUGUUGUUUAGAAGUCUGUUAUGAGAUCGUAUGGUAUUUAUGCAUAAAGUGAAAAUAAGUCGCGAAUUAAGACAUACUAUUAAUUACAAUGAACCAUGUCCAUUAAAAUUAUUUUUAUACAUGUACUUCCUACUGAAAUAAUGGUAUAUUCUACAUAUAAUAUUUUAUUGUAUAUUUUUAUAUGCUGUGCCUUUUCUAUGUAUGAGUACAGUAUUUAAGAAUUAAGUCACAUGUCUGAAAUGUUGUUGAGAAUAAACAAUAUGCUUUCUGUUAA